AUGAUGUUCUAUACUCAGCUCUUCACAUCCAAGCGCGGGCCUCUGGCCAAAAUUUGGUUAGCAGCUCAUUGGGAGCGGAAAAUCACCAAAGCUCAUGUGUUUGAAUGCAAUUUGGAGAACACCAUCAAAGACAUCAUUUCCCCACAGGUAACAUUAGGCUAAACUUUGUUCUGUCUUCAAAAGGGUACAAACAAGGGGAUGAAAUGUGUUUGCCUCUGUUUUAACGUUCAUUCGGCCUAUGUUAGCUCACCAUCAUGUAAUGUUACACUUGUCUACUUCAACAAUGCUUUUGAGGUUUCCUGUUAAUGGCCAUAUGUCUCAAUGUCUGUAAAAAAAAAUCUGAUACUGGUAGCCACACAAUGAGCACAUCGCCUAUGACAUGACUGAUAUAACUUAGGUCUGCCUCUGUCUGUCUCUGCAUGUGUGCAAUCAUUUUUAGAUAAAGAUCGGCUUGCGAACUUCUGGCCACUUACUCCUGGGAGUAGUGAGGAUAUACUUCAGAAAAGCCAAGUAUCUCCUUGCUGACUGCAAUGAUGCUGUUGUCAAAAUCAAAGUGGCCUUCAGACCAGGUUAGCCAGGCAUCCUUUUUGUGUUGUCAAUGUCAACAUUUUAAGGACAGUAACCAUGUUAUUCUGAUCAUUGGAAGAAUAUAUCAGUUGAAAUCUUGUGUCACCAUCAGGACAGACUGACAUGCCUGUUGAGGCACUGGAGGCCACACUUAAAGCCAUCACGUUAAUGGAGGAUUUCACUGACUUCGAUUCCCAGCUACCAGACGCAAAGUACCUAUGUUUUUCUUUCUCUCUCUCAUUUCACCCGCUCACAUUUAAAGCAAAAAGAUAUGCACCCAAUACCCCAUUUAGGCUAGUGUCAGUGUUUCAAUAGAUCAUGGGGGUGUGGAUGCGUCACAUCACAGUAUUUGUAUCAAAAAGUAAUUUGUUAUUUUCUCUCUCUGACGCUAGUGCCAUAGGUGUUGUGGAUCAUUUUUCACUGAAUCAGUGCCGAACAGAGGACAUCACCCUCAAAGAGGAUUUUGGAAAUAGCUUUCUCACAUUUGAGGACUUUGGUAAGGGUUAGGGUUGCUACUCCACAGUGCCUGCGUGUGUCUCUCAAAGUUAGCUUACCCUCACUUUCAAAACCCUCGUUUUAUCUUGCCUUCUCACCAUAGCCCACCUUUCUCUCCUUCACUCACAUUGCUGUCAGUAACUUUCUCUGACUUACUGUGUCUAAUAUUUUUAGGUGAUGAGACCCAGUCUCACCAAGGGGGCAUGUUAGACGUGAGUUUCCUAAGCCUGGCCCAGCACGGAGAUGCUUUUGGUGACGAGGACACAGGCUUGGACAUCCUGGGUAACGUCCUGACAGGGUUGGGUAGGUUACUUUCUAAAUGUAAUCUGAUACUCCCCAACCCUGCAUCCUGACCUGGACUCUCAGGAGCAGAUUCACUUCAAGAUAACAUAUCGGUUACACAUCUGAACACAUCAACAAUGUUUCAAAGGAAAACCUACACAAUGUCUCAAAUCCCUUUCCAAAUCCUGUUUAGACUUUAUAGCCAGUUCCAGUGAGCAUGCUGUUUUGACUGACUUUUUCGAAGCCGAACGACAAAAUGUGUUGCCGGAGGCUGCUCUGAUGGACGUUAACCAAGAAGGUAAUUUUUUGUGUUUAUUUUGCUACGGGCUUUUAGGAAACUUCUAACUCUGUCAAAAUAUUCAGUGUAGCUGUAGAUUUGGGAAUGAAGGUGUCUCCAUCUGUAUGAGACCACAGUUCUACCACAGAUAGAACAAUGAGACAGAUAUUUCACCAGAUGUAUAAAUGUGAAGCAUCCGUUUGGCGUUUCCACUCACUACCAAAUAUGGUAGUGAGAGGAAGCCCAGUGGCCGGCAGUGGGAGAAGAUGGAACGAGAUGGAUUUUGGCUGACAUACUGUUAAUUUACUCAUCGAUGAAACAUUUGAUCUCAAUACAGUUUUCUGUUCCCAAAACUACAAUCUGGUAUGAACAGAGUGGACUAAGUUUUAUAGACUUCACCCUUUGCCAAAGUUUCAAAAACAAUGUGUUGUUUAGAAGGAGUGCAAAGGACAAAUUGAGUUAUUGCACACGCGCACUUCAGAGUAGGUGUUCCCCAACGGAAAUAUGCAAAUGCAUGCUAGAACACGCCAAUAGGAUCUCGCUAGCACGUGCUUGGCUCUGUCCACCUCCUUGCUUGUUCUGCCCACUAUAGCUCCUUGGUUUCCAUUUGAAACGACAGGCUGUGAUCUAUCUUGGUUUAGUUAUACAAAAUCUUUGGUUCUACUUUGUGCAAGUGUUGAAGCGCCCUCUCUGGCAGCAAGUGGCAAUGCAUACUGGAAAAUUGUCCUUUCAUUAUUAUAAUGCCAUUUUCACUUUGGUAUAAACUUUGCAGAAAGUAAAUUAGAUUUUUCCUGUGCUGGAACUUUUCCCAAAAUGGGGUGCUUUAUCAUUAUUACAUUAUACAUUAUAAUAUUAAACCCCAGAGGUGCCUUAUUGCUAUUAUAAACUGGUUACCAACGUAAUUAGAACAGUACAAUUACAUGUUUUGUCAUACCCGUGGUAUAUGGUCUGAUAUACCACGGCUGUCAGCCAAUCGGCAUUCAGGGCUCGACCCACCCAGUGUAUAAUUUAUGUUAUCACAUUAAUAGACUGAGACGGCAUGCCCUUCAUUCCAAAACCUUGUCAUUGCAGGUUGUCCAGACACCCCUACUACAUCUGUACCCAUGGAGGAGGAUCGCCCUGUCCUGAAUGAGACAACUCUGUUGGGCAAUGAGGAGGAUGGCUUCACUCUGGAGCCUGUCGCUGUGACGCGUAAGUAUUUACCUGCCUAACAUGCAACAUCUUUACACCCCAACAAGGCCAUUCUCAUAAGCACAUUUACUGUCCUUCAAACACACAAUUAUCUAACUGGGCACAACCUCUAUCAUACAUCAAAUACAUAAGUAACACACUAUCCUGUUACUUAUUAACUGUGGUGGAAACUUGUGUGAGAAGCAUAGGUAAGCCAUUGGAGUUAAACCUUCUGUUUGCCCUCCGCUUCCUUAGCGACCUUAGAGAGGAAGAAGGGGAAGAGGAGAAGGAAACUGUUGGUGGACCAGGCCAAGGAGCUGUCCAACCAGGCCAUCAGGGAGCAACUCUCUGACUACUCAGAUCUUACUGCCCCACUGGACAUCGCCCCGCCUACCCGCCAACUCAUGCAAUGGAAAGAGAGUGGAGGAGUGGACAGGCUCUUCAGUCACCUCUGUGCCCCUGUCAUUCAUCCACAUCUUCAACAGGUAAGCAGGGUGUGAAAUUAACAUCUGUCCCAUCACUCAAAUGUAGGUUGACAUGUUUACCUGUAAUGUUUAUCUCAUCUGUUACAUAAAAAAUACAGGUUUAGCUUAAGAAUGUUGUUCCACCUAAGUCAAACCUACAAUAGAUACAUAUUGGAUUCCACGCUUAAGUGAGGAAAUUGAGUUCACAUCUGUAACCAGUGAUGUAUAGCAGCAGUGCAUUUUGGUUCAACAACUGCCCCCAUUCUGCCCCUGCAGCUCUAUUCCAAGGAUGUGUUUUGGGGGAAAACAGAUGGAGUGGUCAAUGAAGACAACCAUGAAGAGAUGAGAGAGGAGAGACAUGAGGGUAGGAGGUCAUAUUUACACAGAACAACACCAUGUUAUAGAAAUUAUCGUCUGAAAACAUUACGCUAUCCAUUAUAUGAAAUAGGGAGAAUUGAAGUGCCCCUGGGCCCCAUUACCUUUGAACUGUUAUGUUUCCUAUUUGGGUUUAUACAUUUUAUGUGUCUCUGUACAGUGGAAACAGAUGAGAGCGCCUUGCUCAGUGUCCUGCAUGAGACUAUGGAUCCUGAGAGAAUGGGACACAAUGUGGAGCUCACUCCUCUGCACCACUAUGGGAAUGACAAUCCACCUGACAACAUCUGGGACGCAGUAAAUGUAAAGAGCUCAACAUGAACACAAAAUAUGCCUUUUUUCCAUUUAAAAAUACUUCAUUUAACCUUUAUUCAAGAAGGUUAUCCCAUUGUCUAACUUUGUCUGACAACUUUCCUUGUUCCCUCUCUCAUUUUCUCUCUUUUUAUUGUCUCUCAGGAUGGGAGUAUGUUGGAGGUCUCUCUCCCUGAGCUCCCGUCUGAGGAUUCCAUGCAUGUUCAUCCUUCUGGAAUGGAAAGGGAAACUCCAUUGACUGUGACACAGAACACACAGGUGCUUUCACAUGCUUUGAAUACACCCACAGACACACAUACAUAUAUACACUACCAGUCAAAAGUUCUAGAACACCUACUCAUUCAAGGGUUUUUCUUUAUUUUUUACUAUUUUCUACAUUGUAGAAUAAUAGUGAAGACAUCAAAACUAUGAAUAACACAUAUGGAAUCAUGUUGUUAUUAUUCUACAAUGUAGAAAAUAGUAAAAAUAAAGAAAAACCCUUGAAUGAGGAGGUGUUCUAAAACUUUUGACCGGUAGUGUAUACAUACAUACAGUGGGGGAAAAAAGUAUUUAGUCAGCCACCAAUUGUGCAAGUUCUCCCACUUAAAAAGAUGAGAGAGGCCUGUAAUUUUCAUCAUAGGUACACGUCAACUAUGACAGACAAAAUGAGAAAAUAAAUUCCAGAAAAUCACAUUGUAGGAUUUUUAAUGAAUUUAUUUGCAAAUUAUGGUGGAAAAUAAGUAUUUGGUCACCUACAAACAAGCAAGAUUUCUGGCUCUCACAGACCUGUAACUUCUUCUUUAAGAGGCUCCUCUGUCCUCCACUCGUUACCUGUAUUAAUGGCACCUGUUUGAACGUGUUAUCAGUAUAAAAGACACCUGUCCACAACCUCAAACAGUCAUACUCCAAACUCCACUAUGGCCAAGACCAAAGAGCUGUCAAAGGACACCAGAAACAAAAUUGUAGACCUGCACCAGGCUGGGAAGACUGAAUCUGCAAUAGGUAAGCAGCUUGGUUUGAAGAAAUCAACUGUGGGAGCAAUUAUUAGGAAAUGGAAGACAUACAAGACCACUGAUAAUCUCCCUCGAUCUGGGGCUCCACGCAAGAUCUCACCCCGUGGGGUCAAAAUGAUCACAAGAACGGUGAGCAAAAAUCCCAGAACCACACGGGGGGACCUAGUGAAUGACCUGCAGAGAGCUGGGACCAAAGUAACAAAGCCUACCAUCAGUAACACACUACGCCGCCAGGGACUCAAAUCCUGCAGUGCCAGACGUGUCCCCCUGCUUAAGCCAGUACAUGUCCAGGCCCGUCUGAAGUUUGCUAGAGUGCAUUUGGAUGAUCCAGAAGAGGAUUGGGAGAAUGUCAUAUGGUCAGAUGAAACCAAAAUAUAACUUUUUGGUAAAAACUCAACUCGUCGUGUUUGGAGGACAAAGAAUGCUGAGUUGCAUCCAAAGAACACCAUACCUACUGUGAAGCAUGGGGAUGGAAACAUCAUGCUUUGGGGCUGUUUUUCUGCAAAGGGACCAGGACGACUGAUCCGUGUAAAGGAAAGAAUGAAUGGGGCCAUGUAUCGUGAAAUUUUGAGUGAAAACCUCCUUCCAUCAGCAAGGGCAUUGGAGAUGAAACGUGGCUGGGUCUUUCAGCAUGACAAUGAUCCCAAACACACCGCCCGGGCAACGAAGGAGUGGCUUCGUAAGAAGCAUUUCAAGGUCCUGGAGUGGCCUAGCCAGUCUCCAGAUCUCAACCCCAUAGAAAAUCUUUGGAGGGAGUUGAAAGUCCGUGUUGCCCAGCGACAGCCCCAAAACAUCACUGCUCUAGAGGAGAUCUGCAUGGAGGAAUGGGCCAAAAUACCAGCAACAGUGUGUGAAAACCUUGUGAAGACUUACAGAAAACGUUUGACCUGUGUCAUUGCCAACAAAGGGUAUAUAACAAAGUAUUGAGAAACUUUUGUUAUUGACCAAAUACUUAUUUUCCACCAUAAUUUGCAAAUAAAUUCAUUAAAAAUCUUACAAUGUGAUUUUCUGGAUUUCUUUUCCUCAUUUUGUCUGUCAUAGUUGACGUGUACCUAUGAUGAAAAUUACAGGCCUCUCAUCUUUUUAAGUGGGAGAACUUGCACAAUUGGUGGCUGACUAAAUACUUUUUUUCCCCACUGUACAUACAGUUGAAGUCGGAAGUUUACAUACACUUAGGUUGGAGUCAUUAAAUCUCGUUUUUCAACCACUCCACAAAUUUCUUAACAAACUAUAGUUUUGGCAAGUCGGUUAGGACAUCUACUUUGUGCAUGACACAUUUAAGUCAUUUAGCAGACGCUCUUAUCCAGAGCGACUUACAGGAGCAAUUAGGGUUAAGUGCCUUGCUCAAGGGCACAUGACAGAUUUUUCACCUAGUCGGCUCUGGGAUUAGAACUAGCGACUAGUUACUGGCACAGCGCACUUACCCACUAAGCCACCUGACACAAGUAACUUUUCCAACAAUUGUUUACAGGCAGAUUAUUUCACUUAUAAUUCACUGUAUCACAAUUCCAGUGGGUCAGAAGUUUACAUACACUAAGUUGACUGUGCCUUUAAACAGCUUGGAAAACUCCAGAAAAUAAUCUCAUGGCUUUAGAAGCUUCUGAUAGGCUAAUUUACAUCAUUUGAGUCAAUUGGAGGUGUACCUGUGGAUAUAUUUCAAGGCCUACCUUCAAACUCAGUGCCUCUUUGCUUGACAUCAUGGGAAAAUCAAAAGAAAUCAGCCAAGACCUCAGAAGAAAAAUUGUAGACCUCCACAAGUCUGGUUCAUCCUUGGGAGCAAUUUCCAAACGCCUGAAGGUACCACGUUCAUCUGUACAAACAAUAGUACGCAAGUAUACACACCAUGGGACCACGCAGCCAUCAUACCGCUCAGGAAGGAGACGCGUUCUGUCUCCUAGAGAUGAACGUACUUUGGUGCGAAAAGUGCAAAUCAAUCCCAGAACAACAGCAAAGGACCUUGUGAAGAUACUGGAGGAAACCGGUACAAAAGUAUCUGUAUCCACAGUAAAACAAGUCCUAUAUCGACAUAACCUGAAAGGCCACUCAGCAAGGAAGAAGCCACUGCUCUUGCUGCAGGAGGGACUGGUGCACUUCACAAAAUAGAUGGCAUCAUGAGGAAGGAAGAUUAUGUGGAUAUAUUGAAGCAACAUCUCAAGACAUCAGUCAGGAAGUUAAAGCUUGGUCGCAAAUGGGUCUUCCAAAUGGACAAUGACCCCAAUCAUACUUCAAAAGUUGUGGCAAAAUGGCUUAAGGACAACAAAGUAAAGGUAUUGGAGUGGCCAUCACAAAGCCCUGACCUCAAUCCUAUAGAACAUUUGUGGGCAGAACUGAAAAAGUGUGUGCGAGCAAGGAGGCAUACAAACCUGACUCAGUUAAACCAGCUCUGUCAGGAGGAAUGGGCCAAAAUUCACCCAACUUAUUGUGGGAAGCUUGUGGAAGGCUACCCGAAACGUUUGAUCCAAGUUAAACAAUUUAAAGGCAAUGCUACCAAAUACUAAUUGAGUGUAUGAAAACUUCUGACCCACUGGGAAUGUGAUGAAAGAAAUAAAAGCUGAAAUAAAUCAUUCUCUCUACUAUUAUUCUGACAUUUCACAUUCUUAAAAUAAAGUGGUGAUCCUAACUAACCUAAAACAGGGAAUUGUUACUAGGAUUAAAUGUCAGGAAUUGUCAAAAACUCAGUUUAAAUGUAUUUGGCUAAGGUGUAUGUAAACUUCCGACUUCAACUAUACAUACAUACAUACAUACAUACAUACAUACAGUGAGGGGGGAAAAGUAUUGGAUCCCCUGCUGAUUUUGUACGUUUGCCCACUGACAAAGAAAUUAUCCGUUUAUAAUUUGAAUGGUAGGUUUAUUUGAACAGUGAGAGACAGAAUAACAACAAAAAAAUCAAGAAAAACACAUGUCUAAAAUGUUAUAAAUUGAUUUGCAUUUUAAUGAGGGGAAAUAAGUAUUUGACCCCCUCUCAAUCAGAAAGAUUUCUGGCUCCCAGGUCCCUUUUAUACAGGUAAAGAGCUGAGAUUAGGAGCACACUCUUAAAGGGAGUGCUCCUAAUCUCAGUUUGUUACCUGUAUAAAAGACACCUGUCCACAGAAGCAAUCAAUCAAUCAGAUUCCAAACUCUCCACCAUGGCCAAGACCAAAGAGCUCUCCGAGGAUGUCAGGGACAAGAUUGUAGACCUACACAAGGCUGGAAUGGGCUAUAAGACCAUCGCCAAGCAGCUUGGUGAGAAGGUGACAACAGUUGGUGCGAUUAUUCGCAAAUGGAAGAAACACAAAAUAACUGUCAAUCUCCCUCGGCCUGGGGCUCCAUGCAAGAUCUCACCUUGUGGAGUUGCAAUGAUCAUGAGAACGGUGAGGAAUCAGCCCAGAACUACACGGGAGGAUCUUGCCAAUGAUCUCAAGGCAGCAGGGACCAUGGUCACCAAGAAAACAAUUGGUAACACACUGCGCCGUGAAGGACUGAAAUCCUGCAGCGCCCGCAAGGUCCCCCUGCUCAAGAAAGCAGUUUGCCAAUGAACAUCUGAAUGAUUCAGAGGAGAACUGGGUGAAAGUGUUGUGGUCAGAUGAGACCAAAAUUGAGCUCUUUGGCAUCAACUCAACUCGCCGUGUUUGGAGGAGGAGGAAUACUGCCUAUGACCCCAAGAACACCAUCCCCACCGUCAAACAUGGAGGUGGAAACAUUAUGCUUUGGGGGUGUUUUUCUGCUAAGGGGACAGGACAACUUCACCGCAUCAAAGGGACGAUGGACGGGGCCAUGUACCAUCAAAUCUUGGGUGAGAACCUCCUUCCCUCAGCCAGGGCAUUGAAAAUGGGUCGUGGAUGGGUAUUCCAGCAUGACAAUGACCCAAAACAAGGCAACAAAGGAGUGGCUCAAGAAGAAGCACAUUAAGGUCCUGGAGUGGCCUAGCCAGUCUCCAGACCUUAAUCCCAUAGAAAAUCUGUGGAGGGAGCUGAAGGUUCGAGUUGCCAAACGUCAGCCUCGAAACCUUAAUGACAACUACAAGAAAUGUCUGACCUCUGUGAUUGCCAACAAGGGUUUUGCCUUGUCAAAUACUUAUUUCCCUCAUUAAAAUGCAAAUCAAUUUAUAACAUUUUUGACAUGUGUUUUUCUGGAUUUUGUUGUUGUUAUUCUGUCUCACUGUUCAAAUAAACCUAACAUUAAAAUGAUAGACUGAUCAUGUCUUUGUCAGUGGGCAAACGUACAAAAUCAGCAGGGGAUCAAAUACUUUUUUCCCUCACUGUACAUACAUAGAUACACUUACACAAAUGGUUAUCAUGAGUGUGGUGUGACGCUGUAAUGUGUUGCUAUCUCAAACUACAGUCUAUGGUGGAUAGCCAGGAUGACUUUGAAGAGAAGAGGAUGACCAGCCGAGCACAGAAACUACUAAAUGCUCUCAAAGUAAGAACCCGAUACCCCUAUGCAGCAGGGCAUCCAUUCUUACACUUAGUCAGCUUGCUAGCUCGAUUACGAUCAGACUCGGAAAUCCUCAGUCACUGAGGACAGGGAUUUAAAAGCGGCUAGGGCAGGAUUAGGGAAAUGUGGAAAUGAAAUUGCUGCGAUUGUGUGUUGUGUAAUAACAAACAGGGAUGGGAUUUUCUCUUCAUUUCUGACAUUUAUCCUUCAUAUAAAACAAAAACUGACCUAUCCCUCAGACAAAAUUCUGAUGUUCUAUGUUGUCCUGACGUCCCUGAACAGAUUCAGAGAAGCAACGCAAUGUUCAGCCUGCAGACGCUGUGUGAGAGGAACAGUCGCUCCCAGGCCGCAGCCACCUUCUUCUGCCUCCUGGUGCUGAAGAAACAACAGGCCCUGGACCUGCACCAAAGCGAGCCUUACGCUGACAUUAUAGCCACUCCUGGACCCAGGUUCUAUGAGGCGUAG